AUGGUAUCCAAAAACCCGAACCCCUCAGAAGCUUUCUACUUGGAUCCUAAUGACAUGACGCUGCCUGGCCUCGUCCCCUUUUCCUCCGCCGCCUCCACCUCCGAUUCGGUGGAGGACUCCGCCAAGAAGACCCGUAAACCAUACACUAUCACCAAGUCUAGGGAGAGCUGGACCGAACCCGAGCAUGACAAAUUCCUUGAAGCUCUUCAACUGUUUGACCGUGACUGGAAAAAGAUUGAAGCAUUUGUUGGAUCAAAGACAGUUAUCCAGAUUCGUAGCCAUGCACAGAAAUACUUUCUAAAAGUUCAGAAGAGUGGGACAAGUGAACAUCUUCCGCCACCCAGACCAAAAAGAAAAUCUGCUCAUCCAUAUCCUCAGAAAGCUUCCAAAAAUGUAUCAGGAUCCUUUCAAUCUUCAUCGGCUUUGCUUGAACCUGGAUACAUCCUAGAGCAUGAUUCUUCAGCAAUGCUUAAAACUCCUAUUAUUAACACUUCAGUGUCUUCCUGGUCAAACAACACCUUGCAGAAAACUGCCAAUGUAUUGAAAGGGCAAAAUGUGAAUAAUUGUUGCAGUAGCAGUGAAAGCACUCCUAGAGCACGGCUGGUUGGUGAAUCUAAUGGUCAAAGGAAUAAUAGCCAUCCUUUUAGAGUUCUUCCAGAUUUUACUCAAGUAUACAGCUUCAUUGGCAGUGUAUUUGACCCAAAUGUAACUGGACAUCUACAGAAACUAAGAAGUAUGGACCCUAUAGAUGUUGAGACGGUGCUACUGUUGAUGAGAAACCUUUCUAUCAAUUUAACAAGCCCAGAUUUUGAGGAUCAUAGAAGACUGCUUGCGUCAUAUGAGGUGGAACCCAAGACAGAUAACUAUAUCAAUGCAGAUCGACCAAUGUAUGAUGAGCAGUUGAAGAGUGCAACUUAGAUGGGGUAUAUGCAGAAAAGGGUUUUGUUUUGCAGCUAUUGAAUGCAGUUAGGGAUGGGAUUUUGCAAGAUGAGGAAAUAAGAUGCGCAUCGCAACAAGCUGAGAGUUUCCAGUCACAACCUUAUGAAGAUACUCUGGUUAGUAAUUGCUGUUGCUCGUUAUCUGAGCAAAACAAGGCUUUUAAUUCCCUUAAUUCAAUUUGGUCGUGUAUAUAUUCAUUAACAUAUUAUAAAAGAAAAUAAUGAUGCAGGAAUGUAUAGGUUUCAUAGUUUUGCAUAG